AAUUAGUUGCAGUUUCGACUGGAUUUCUUUAGAUACUAAAAGCAUCGUGUUUCAUGUUGCACUGAUGACUGACGCAAGGUUUUGAGUAAUAAGAUGGUGAUGUCUCUGGUGCUACAGGUCGCUGCGGUACUAGUGGGCUUGGUAGCGGGGGAUGCUGAUCCUGAUGCAGCCAUUAUCUCGCAUCGAGGAUCCUUCUUCCACCCGACGGCUGCUCCCCACCACGCCUUCGGUCCCACCCCGGCUUAUGGAAGCGUCAUUCCCUCUUACCAUGCCGUUGCUUCUACUUACCAUGCCUACCCUCCAUACCACCAACCCUACAAGUGCCGCAGCUACAACAAGAUCCCUGCUUGCUCCUACAACACCACCAAGUCUUGGUGCCUCUACGACCACGAGUACCCGGAGUACGAGAUCAAGGAUGCGCUACAGUACCACAAGGCCAGCGUCCUGCCCCUGUAUGCGGACGUCGCCGAUCUCGACACCUCCAGCUCCGUCUACCGUCCACGCUACCUGCUGGAGGAGACAUAUCUAUGUCCCUCAGAAACCAGCUACGUCCGUCCUCUGAGGGCCGUUAACACCGAUGGACACUGGAGAAUAAUUGUCAACAACGUGAACGUGGACUACGAGUUCUUCACCCAGACGACCCGCUUGGAAGAGUGCCUGGGGUAUAGCUCGUGCCCACUCGUCCCUCACUGCUACGAGUCUAAGUGCCUGCAGAAGUCCACCUUCCACCGCUUCCUCGUCUUCGACCCCUGCGACCAGUACUUCCCCUUCAGUGUUGAGACCUUCAAGCUGCCCGCCAGCUGCUCCUGCCAGCUUGGCGCUUACUACAUCGACCAUUAACUCCUCCUACUGCUCCCCUAUAUCUUUGAUAGGAAACUUAGCGAGUUAUGUAUCCCUUUAAGCAAGCAUUCAGGACAGUAUGAUAGAUUCCCCGUUGAGGUCCUUAAAUCCUUUUUUUUCGUGUUACAUCUAUGUUGUAGAAUUUAUUAUGUUGUAGACAAACUUUUCUUCACUUUUUAUAUUAAAAUAGAACAUUAUCGUGAAGCAGUGUAGUGAACGUAGACGACAGAGUUCCUGUCACAAGCUCGUUAGAGAGAGUGUUAAGCUUCUACUUUCAGGCCAAAGCAUCCUAACCACGAUGGUACAAAGAAAACUGAAAUCAGAUACAAAAUUCCAGAACUUAGCCAGAGAGGCUGAUGAUUUUUUGGUGUUUAAGGUCCUCCUGUGAAUACAACUCCGCUUCCCUAGUACCGUCGUGUUUAAACAAAUGUCCUCGUAUAAAAGAAAUCAAAGUAUACAAGCACGUAACACGUAUAUAUUCUAGAAUCUCAGAGUAGAAUAGUUGUAGUGCAUCUUCGUCUGAGGAUCUCUUAGAUAUUUAAGAAACAUUCUUAUAGUAUUAUAAGUCCUAACUUACGCAGCAAGCGACUCUUUCCUAGGUGUCCCAGGAAUAUAUAUGCCUUCGUUUUUGCUCUUAUGUGAACGAUUUUUUUUAAUAAAAAAAUAACCUCUCCCUUAGACCAACAAAACAAUGCCUUUGCAUUGUAAUAAAGGAGGCAGCAGCACCGCCCCCCCCUUCUAUGAUGGUACAAAGAAAGCAGUUCUCUAGUCAUCACGACCAAGACCCCUUUGUUCCUCCCUCUCCUCUCUCCCACUCUCCCUCCCUCCUUCACCUGCCAGACAUAAAGUGAAGGCCAAUACAUGUAUGCAUAUAUAUCCGCCUCUCGCCCAUCGUGUC